GUCGUCUCGGCUUUAGCAGUGAAGGCAUACAAUUGAGCAGUAAAUCACAGUUUAGUUCAGGAUGAAGGAAAGCAAGCCCCUAGUAGUAAGAUACUGUCCCUACAAGCCCCUGCCCUAUCACAGAUCAGUACAACAGAAGGCGUUACACAAACCUGUACGUAAACUAUUGAAAACCCCGAACCCCUGCCCCGGACCAACGUCCAUUACGGAGAAGAAGACAGAACAGUCAAGUUACACUUCAGACCUGGUGACACAGACGUUACAAGCUAUCAGUUCCCUUUAUCCCGCUGACCAAAACACCAGAGUGCAUUGGGACCUCCCCUCCUCUAAACAACCUCCAGUAUCCUCCUCUCAUCCUCUUCACAACGUUACCUUGGUAACAACACCAGCCGACUCUCCUGACGAUCUGUCAGAUGUUUUGGAGGAGGUUCUUGACCUCUGGGCGGCGCUAAACAAAUCUAACCCUGACCUUGGUGCCCCGCCUAGUUGCCAUGGCAUUCUGAAUGAGGAAUGAAGAAGAGAACGGCAUUGAAGAACUGAAAGCUUCCUUGAACUCUUGGAGUUGAUGAGUUAUCGAGGGAUAUGAGAUUCUCAGUUUGAAGAAUGGAGAUUGAUAAGACGAUGAGACACGGUUUUUUUCAGUGUGAGAAUAUUUGACAGAAGUACAGCUGAGAAAACUACACGAUCUAACAGAAACAGCUUAUAAACACUGGCAACAGCGUAUAAACACGAUGCAAAUAAGUUAUAAACACGAGCUUCGCCCUUUAACUCUAGUCAUUGGAAACAGAUUGAAUUCAUUGACGUACUGAGACUAUAAUUAUGUUAUUGAUUGCUAAUUGCUAUUAAGUUAAAGCUUAAUAACCGAUAUUCGGCUUCAUUGAAAUAAGAAAUAUUUGAUCAUUAAUUGUAUUAAUUGAAAUGUUUGUUCGAUGAUUAAAUUUAAUGAUUC